AAGUUAUCGGUUUUGCAGUGCAAAAGUUGUGUUGUCCCGCUGAGCGCUUGCCGUUGCUGUUUGUGGGUUACUGCUGGCCCAUUAAAGCGGAAAAAAAAAGUUUGGUUUCCCUUAAGGUUUGCCUACCGAAAACGUGGGCAAUGGACGGUAAUCGAUACGAAUUAUUCGAGGUUCGGAAUAGCGUCGUGUCAUGCGAAUCUGGGACUGCAGCAGCAUCAAACGCAGGCUCAGGCGCAGCAACAAGCGGCUGCAGCUGCCGCCCAGCAGCAUCACCAGCAGCAACAGCAGCAAGCUCAGGCCCAGGCAGCUCAGGCGGCAGCUGUGGCAGCGAGCCAACAGGCCCAGCAACAGGCAGCUCAGGCGGCGGCAGCAGCAGCAGCCGCAGCCGCAGCGGCCCAGCACCAUCAAGCCCAUCCCCAAAGCGAAAGUCAAUCGCUGAGCAACAACACCAGCGGAGGAGGCACCAGUAACAAUAGCAACAGUACCAACCCGUUGUCGAAUGCGUCCGCAAAUAAUUCGAACGCACCGACUCCGCAACCCACAACACCAGUCCACAUCUACCAGCAUCCAUUUUCACCGCAGAUCAUUUCCGUCAAUCCAAAUAACAUGGUGAACAGCUACAGUUCCUCAAAUCUUUCAACUCCUACUUCGCCGCAAGGCGUUAACGAAAGCCAGCAUGCGGCAGUAGCCGCUGCAGCCAUGGUUCACAGCGUGUACAGUCAUCAAGCGGCCGGAACCCAGCAAACCGUAAUAGGCGUCGCCGGAACAGGCGGAGCAACUAUUCAACCAGUCAAACGGAAACGAUCGGUGAAUCCACAGGGCGACGAAAACUUCCUACGGGCACUUGAAGCUGUCCGGUUUGGUGGAAUCGGUUUCUGCAAAGCGGCACGACUCUACGGUGUUAACAAUCGGACGCUUUGGUUAGAGUACAAAAAACGUGGUUAUCCCAUCAGUCGACCGAGCAUCAAAAGUCGGAUAAAGUUGGAACCGAACAUAUCACCACCCCCCUCCACAACUCCAACUGGUGAUGAGAACGCUUCAAUGGAACACUAUGAAACCUCACUGUCCUCUCCAGCGCUAAACAUGACCCUACAGCAGCAACAUCAACAGCAAUCACAAGUCGCCACGCAGCAGCACCAGCAGCAGCAAACGCAACAUCACCAAACGCAACAGCAACAACAGCAGGCGCAACCUCAGCAACAGCAACAACAGCAGCAACAACAACAGCAACAGCAGCAGCAGCAACAACAAACCCAAACCCAACAGCAGCAGCAGCAGCAACAGCACCAACAAACAACGGAAAGCGACAACGCAAGUGCCGUGGCAGUGGCCGCUGCAGCCGUAGCCGCUUCCUCUGCCGCUCCGCUCAUGUGUCCUCCGCAUGCCCAUCCGAUGGGAGUGAUGAGCUUCCUGGAUACGCGGCACGUCGAUUUUACGACGGCGGCGGCCGCCGGCAUCCAUCAGAUGUCCCGGCAGCGAUAUCAGGACGCAACGACGCUGAACAUGAAUACCGGGGCCGUCAACUUGCAGGGCUUGAAUUUUAACUCCAUGUAAGGUGGCUCUAGUCGUGAGGGGCUGUCGGGGAAACGCUUGGUAGAAUCGUCCUAAGAAACUUUCCAGUGAAAUUUAGAAUUCUAAUUUUAGCUUUAUUUUUUAGCUCAAAUUAAGUUUAUUGAUGCUAGGCUUGAACUGGUUUGGAAGAGCAUGAAUGUAAUUUAAUGGCAAAUCAAGUGACAAAAUUCUAUGGAAUCUUUUUGAAAAAGUUUCUUCUUAUACAGUUAACGGGUGUUUAAUAAAAACUGAAAAUUAUUGUUGUUGAAGAAUUCUGGGCAGUACGACAAGUAUGGGAGACUAUCAGCAAUCAAAUUGUUAACAUAAACAAGUCUCAUCAACCGAAAUCGCAGUUCAAGUUGCUGAGUGUGCAAGAGCAAGAGGUUUUAGUGUUGUUUUUUUUUCGCUACGAUGAGACGAAUCUCAACAUUCCUUUCAAUACACGCAUUCGCAGUCUCCAAAUGCUUCCUGAGGAUUCUCCUGAAGCUUGAACUUCUCCUCUUCAACGCAUCGGACCUCAAUCGUCGCCUUUAUUUGCGCGACGCUCUCGCCCUCAGUUUGACCAGUUUUCAGUAGCUCUGGUCCGUCGACCUAACAUGAUACGUGACUAGACCACCUCAAAUUGGCUUCCAGGUCCGACGACCUUUUAGUUGGCUCUCGAUCCGACGACCUUCCAGUGGCUUCCGGUCCAACGACCUCCGACGUUCUUCCAUGGUUCCGGUCCGUGGACCGCAUUGUGGCCCAAUGACUUUCCAUGGAUCUGGUCCGACAACCUUCCUGUGGCUUCCGUCCGUUGACCUUGUUCGGCUUCGACUGAACGCUCUUCUUUUGACUCGGCGCCUUAAUAAUGGCACGACGACUGACUCCCGACUCCCCAACCUUCCAGUGAACCCGGUACAAUGACCCCCUGAUGGCUCUUCACCAUCUGCUUCGGCUGGUUGGCCUUCCAUAGGCUUUUCCUUCUUUCCUGGACCCAUAACCCUAGCGCACUUCACCGUGCAUUCUUCGCCUACUAAAUGCAGAAGUCUGAAAACCUUGGUAAUUCUUCGUAGUACAGUAUUGAUCGUAUGUAUAUUGUAUCAUAGUAAUAAUAUUGUUUAUCAUUUAUUACUUAGAACAACUGCAUCCGUGGUCUAAAUGUUCUUGGGUCUAAUUUGUACAAGAAUUGGGCCAUCGAAAUUAAAGGGUGAUACGGUCAAAAUUUUGUCAAGAGAAAACGCGUGUAAAUCGGUGAAAUCGUUCAUUUAAAAAAUCAAAUUAAAUUUCUUUUUCAAGUUUAAUUAGUAUAAAAUUCAGGAACAAUAUUCAGUUAGGCUUCCGCUUUUCCAAAUCCGAAUUUCCGGGCCUUACGCUUAACCCCUGCCAUCAGAUUUUGUACAGCCACGUUGUCCACCUUCUUCGCCGCAGAAAGCCAGUUUGCCUUGAACUGCUGCUCGUCCUUAGCAGUUUUUUUGGUCUUCUUUAUGUUCCGCUUGACAAUAACCCAGUAUUUCUCAAUUGGGCGGAGCUCUGGCGUGUUGGGAGGGUUCUUUUCCUUGGGAACCACCUGCACGUUGUUGGCGGCGUACCACUCCAUGGCCUUUUUACCGUAAUGGCAAGAUGCCAAAUCCGGCCAAAACAGUACGGAACAACCGUGUUCCUUCAGUAAAGGCAGCAGACGUUUGUUCAAACACUCUUUCACGUAAAUUUCUUGGUUGACAGUCCCGGAAGCUAUGAAAACGCCACAGGUACCAGGUACCAGGCUUGCCAAACCAGAUAUUUCUUCGCGAACUUUGACAUUUUCAUGUGCUUGAAAAUAUCUGCUACCUUUCCCCUUCCUUUUGCCGUAUAAAACGUCUGCCCCGGAAGCUGCUUGUAGUCGGCUUUGACGUAGGUUUCGUCGUCCAUUACCACGCAGUCAAACUUCGUCAGCAUCGUCGUGUAGAGCCUCCGGGAUCGCGCUUCGGUCGUCGUAUUUUGUUUAUCAUCGCGAUUUGGAGUCACUACCUUCUUGUAAGUCGAUAGACCGGCUCGUUUUUUGGCUCGAUGCACGGUUGUAGACGAUACACCCAGCUUAUUUGCGGCAUAUCGGAGAGAGAGCUUAGGGUUUCGCUUGAAACUACCGGCAACUCUCUUUAUCGUCUCAGCGGCACUUUAAUUACAUUUGUAACGGUUGAUUUGGCAACUUUUAGCGAUUUUGCCAGCUUUGCGUGUGAGUAGCUCGGAUUUUCGUGAUGCGCGAGCUAAAUUUUGAUACGCUGCUCUUCUUCCUUGGACGGCAUUUUGACAACUGAAGAGUGAAUUCCAAUAGGAGCAACAUUCUACACACACACACACCUUCAAAAUAAGGGGUGUUCAGAUUUUUUAAAUGCAAAAUUGAAAGAAAUACGUCAUGUUGAUAUUGACCAAAUUUUGACCGUAUCACCCUUUAUUUAGUUUAUGAGUACUUUUGAAUUGCAUACAAGUUCAAUCGUGUAAACAUGUUUGAUGGCAGAGAAAUCUAAUCUUUUCUAAACAUAAUCAGCAAAGUUAAGGAAAGUGUUGUCAUAGUUUUUUGUUCAUGCUCUUUCAAAUUAGUCUUGGUUUAAUGGAGAAGCGUUUUUUUUUAAAUAACCCUUUUCAAAAUUUCAGCUGGGUUGGCUUAUUUUUUAUGUAAUUUUAUCGUGUGGAAAUAUUUGUGUAAAUGGCGAAAAAUUUGCUUAAUUUUGUCUGCUAAAAAAGUUAGACCAAAAUUCUAUCCCCAAUCAUUGGAAAAUGUUUCUUAGAACAGGAAAGCAAUUGUUUCCCCGACGGGGUCCCAAACGAAUUGUAGAAGCUAGAAAGCUUCUUGUAGUAGAUCCCAGUGAUGUAGAGUAUUGUAUAAAUCAAACCUGUCGCCUGUUGGAGGUACAGGUAUUGUGUUUGUCGACUGAAAGAGAUUUUUCUGUAAUUCUACAUUUCAUGACUUAAUCGAAAUUAAUCGAUCGUUCGAGGUGAUAGUUUUUGUUUUGGUUCAAGACCACCGUGUAAAAUUUUGGAAUUGAUAAGAAAAAACAUUUAAAAUCCUAACCGUGCAAUACUGUGAUUUUGUAAAAGCCAUCAAGGACGACGAUGACGACGACCUGUAAUCAAAGAAGGUUCAAUAAAUAUUCACAUAUCGAAACUGGUUUUGGUUGCAAACUUUUCUCCGUCGUCGGUUUUGGAACUUCACUCCAUCUAAAAGCGUCUCCGAAUUAGCACUCGCACGCAAUAGUUGUAAGAGGUAACCAUCUAUUUCGUUAAAAAUCCAGUCAUUUAACAAUAAGAGAUCAUCCGCUACUACAGUUCAGAUUUAAAAAAGGAAGUCAUACUCACUCAAAAUAAGAGGCAGCAGUAACGUUCACUUUGGAUGCAUCUAAGAAUAAAAAAGGAAUAUUCCUAUUCCUAGGAGCAAUUGUAUUUAUAAGAAACCACUUUCGAAAGUCCAAGUCAUCACAUCAUUGAGACGAAAUGAUGAAACAGAUUCCUUAAUGCAAAACAAAAAAAAAAUACACUACUAGCAGAAAAGUAGGACCCAAAUGUGGAAUUCCAUGAAUGAAUGUGUGUUGCGAAAAUGUACAGUAUGCUAGAUCUCUGGUGUAAAAUUCGCUGAAAGGUAGAGAACUGACGACAUUGUAGACAGGAGAGAAAGGCGGUAGAGUUAACUAUUUGGAAAUGUGAGUACCAUGGUGCUGAGUCAUAAUAUGUUUUCACGCAAUGAAAUAAAAAAAAACACAGUGAAUCUAUUGAGCGCCGCUUGUAACGAGUAGUGAAUAUAGUAUUUUUGUUAUCUUUUUGUAGCAGUUUAAAUACAUGUGUAUAAAAAAUAAAUUAAUUUAAAAACCUUCAAAACCAGGAAAAAACGAGAUCGAUAAAGUAAUACUUACUUAAUGUCAAUGAUGAGUGGGUUCAGUGACGGCGUUUUACGUAAAAGUGAACUGAACAAAGCUAGUGAAUGUGGAAAACUGUGAACAUAAAAAGUUUAACUAACUAGUUUGUAAGCUGAAAAUAUCAAUAGCUGAAGUGGUAGAAUCUGACGUAGGGGAGGAUUCUGCUAUUGUAAUAGAAAUUAUUACUCGGAGAGAACGACUGAAUUACCUGGAUGUAAGAAGUCGUUCGUGUGUGUAUAGUAAAAUAAAAUCCAAUAUCUCAAAUUGAUAAGUCAUACAGGAUGGAGAAUUAAAAAAAAAAACAACCAACCAUAGAGAAAGCUGAAUUCAUACGCGUGUAAAAUUUACUUAACUAAAAUUCAAGUAAAAAAACUGAUUAAGAAAACCCUACGUACACAGGCCCAUGAUAACAACAAGUAUUUACUUAUGUGAAUAAAAAUAAGAAUCAAUCUAAAAAAAUCUAAUAAAAGCAAAAUCGAAAUUA